ACCAUGGACGUUGUCCCGCCAAAGACCGUUCAUACUGAUUUCCCGGUACGUCCUCCCCCAAGAAUUGAAGACACAAGUUCCAGUAACCAUUGGAGAGAUUAGGUUAUCGACACCGACCCGUAAGAUCCGAAUACCCCCAAUGUUUACCCCGCCAAAACCAACAGAUAAACGGACAAAACUGAUAUCGAAUCGCAGUCACUUCUUUCGUGUGCUCCGGUACGCCCGUCCAUCCGAUUAUGCUCUCGGUGCCGGGACGGCCGCGGCAGGUCCAAUUCUCUUUCUAGCGAUGGAGAAAGCACACCCGUCGUUCUUGCCCAGAUCCGCCAUGGCACAGAGUUUGCGUCUUGUCACGGCGAUCGGUGUUGCCGCGGGGUUUCUACGAUACUAUAAGCGGUCUUCAUGUAAGCCCUGUUGAUUACAUACCCGCCAAUGUUAGGAAAGGGAGGCUGAGGGCGACUGAUGGAUGGUAUUUCCAGUACGAUUCUGGGGAUGGGCUGAAAACGCGCGGGAGGUAGAGAUGGACAUGAAAGAGAUGGUUCAGAAGGUCAAGAAUAAGGAGCCAUUGUACGGAGUUUCUGUGCUUGAUGCACAUAUGCAGGGGGUCGCUGCUCGUAACUCGCGUUACUCCCAGACAUUCUUCCAUGUCUUGCCGUGGUUUAACUUGGUUAACCACAAUCAGGUGAGUUCCUGUCAGUUACAGAAGCUACAAGGGAUUGAGAUCUCUGAUAUUCGGAAAUUAGCACGGUGUGGAUACAACCAAGUACUUCCGUGCGGCGGAAGAGGAGCUGGAAAGGGAACGCCUUGCCAGGGGAGAAUAGGCAUCACUCCGAAAAAAAAAAAGACAGGCAGAAGCACCCAUCUCCUUUAGUGUUCAUUAGUUUAAUGUACAAAAAAUACAAGACAUGCAUAUCAAGG